AUGCUUCAAUCGAUAGUCAUCAAGAGCCUUUUCAGCACAAAUACAAGGAUAUUUGUAGGCUCAGCCCAUGGCUACACUAAGGCACUUUCAAGUAUAUUGUCAAAGAAAUACUAUAGCCAGAUGAACCUAAACAAAAAUAUAUCGAAAAAUGAUAAGAAGACCAUCGAAGAUAAAGACUUGAGUGCAAUAAAAUUCAAGGUACCAGUUUCUUCGCAACUUCCGGGAACAUACCAGGCAGAUUAUGAAAGAAUCACAAAAUAUACACUAAUACCUCUCACAUUAAUUCCUUUUUAUGCAUCAUUUACUGGCAUUACACUACAUCCGCUACUUGAUGGGUCAUUAGCAACAUUGAUUUUAACAUAUUUUCAUUAUGGUUUCAAUAGUUUAAUAUUAGAUUUCAUACCCAGGGAAAAGUUUCCUAAAGCAAACAGAAUGUCUCUAUGGAGUUUAUAUUCUGCCACAGCAUUGAGCCUUUGUGGCAUUUAUGAAAUAGAAACCGAAAAUAAUGGUCUUACCGACAUACUUGAAAGAUUGUGGAACUAUGACGAGAGUAAUCUAUAUAUCUUUGGAAGAAAUUGA